AUGAAUCCCGGGGUCCGGUCGCCGCCGGGAGCAGAGCCUCCUCGCAGGUCAGCGGAGGAGAUUUCCGGAGGUGUUCGGACAUCCCGGGGUCCAGUCGCUGACGGGAGAGCUCCGGAGGUGUUUGGACAUCCCGGGGUCCGGUCACUUCCUCGCAGGUCAGCGGAGGAGAUUUCCGGAGGUGUUCGGACAUCCCGGGGUCCGGUCUCCGUCGGGAGAGCUCCAGAGGUGCUCGGACAUCCCGGGGUCCGGUCGCCGUCGGGAGAGCUCCGUAGGUGUUCGGACAUCCCGGGGUCCGGUCACUAUUGGGAGAGCUCCGGAGGUGUUCGGACAUCCCGGGGUCCGGUCUCCGUUGGGACAGCUCCAGAGGUGUUCGGACAUCCCGGGGUCCGGUCUCCGUCGGGAGAGCUCCGGAAGUGUUCGGACAUCCCGGGGUCCGGUCACUUCCUCGCAGGUCAGCGGAGGAGAUUUCCAGAGGUGUUCGGACAUCCCGGGGUCCGGUCACUAUUGGGAGAGCUCCGGAGGUGUUCGGACAUCCCGGGGUCCGGUCGCCGUCGGGAGAUUUCCGGAGGUGUUGGGACAUCCCGGGGUCCGGUCUCCGUCGGGAGAUUUCCGGAGGUGUUCGGACAUCCCGGGGUCCGGUCGCCGUCGGGAGAGCUCCGGAGGUGUUCGGACAUCCCGGGGUCCGGUCGCCGUCGGGAGAGCUCCGGAGGUGUUCGGACAUCCCGGGGUCCGGUCACUGUCGGGAGAGCUCCGGAAGUGUUCGGACAUCCCGGGGUCCGGUCACUGUCGGGAGAGCUCCAGAGGUGUUCGGACAUCCCGGGGUCCGGUCUCCGUCGGGACAGCUCCGGAAGUGUUCGGACAUCCCGGGGUCCGGUCGCCGUCGGGAGAGCUCCAGAGGUGUUCGGACAUCCCGGGGUCCGGUCUCCGUCGGGAGAGCUCCAGAGGUGUUCGGACAUCCCGGGGUCCGGUCUCCGUCGGGAGAGCUCCAGAGGUGCUCGGACAUCCCGGGGUCCGGUCUCCGUCGGGAGAGCUCCAGAGGUGCUCGGACAUCCCGGGGUCCGGUCUCCGUCGGGAGAGCUCCGGAGGUGUUCGGACAUCCCGGGGUCCGGUCGCCGUCGGGAGAGCUCCGGAGGUGUUCGGACAUCCCGGGGUCCGGUCUCCGUCGGGAGAGCUCCGGAGGUGUUCGGACAUCCCGGGGUCCGGUCGCCGUCGGGAGAGCUCCAGAGGUGUUCGGACAUCCCGGGGUCCGGUCUCCGUCGGGAGAGCUCCAGAGGUGUUCGGACAUCCCGGGGUCCGGUCUCCGUCGGGAGAGCUCCGGAAGUGUUCGGACAUCCCGGGGUCCGGUCACUUCCUCGCAGGUCAGCGGAGGAGAUUUCCGGAGGUGUUCGGACAUCCCGGGGUCCGGUCACUAUUGGGAGAGCUCCGGAGGUGUUCGGACAUCCCGGGGUCCGGUCUCCGUCGGGAGAGCUCCGGAGGUGUUCGGACAUCCUGGGGUCCGGUCGCCGUCGGGAGAUUUCCGGAGGUGUUCGGACAUCCCGGGGUCCGGUCUCCGUCGGGAGAGCUCCGGAGGUGUUCGGACAUCCCGGGGUCCGGUCGCCGUCGGGAGAUUUCCGGAGGUGUUGGGACAUCCCGGGGUCCGGUCUCCGUCGGGAGAGCUCCGGAGGUGUUCGGACAUCCCGGGGUCCGGUCGCCGUCGGGAGAGCUCCAGAGGUGUUCGGACAUCCCGGGGUCCGGUCUCCGUCGGGAGAGCUCCGGAGGUGUUCGGACAUCCCGGGGUCCGGUCUCCGUCGGGAGAGCUCCAGAGGUGUUCGGACAUCCCGGGGUCCGGUCUCCGUCGGGAGAGCUCCGGAAGUGUUCGGACAUCCCGGGGUCCGGUCACUUCCUCGCAGGUCAGCGGAGGAGAUUUCCAGAGGUGUUCGGACAUCCCGGGGUCCGGUCACUAUUGGGAGAGCUCCGGAGGUGUUCGGACAUCCCGGGGUCCGGUCUCCGUCGGGAGAGCUCCGGAGGUGUUCGGACAUCCCGGGGUCCGGUCGCCGUCGGGAGAUUUCCGGAGGUGUUCGGACAUCCCGGGGUCCGGUCUCCGUCGGGAGAGCUCCGGAGGUGUUCGGACAUCCCGGGGUCCGGUCGCCGUCGGGAGAUUUCCGGAGGUGUUGGGACAUCCCGAGGUCCGGUCUCCGUCGGGAGAUUUCCGGAGGUGUUCGGACAUCCCGGGGUCCGGUCGCCGUCGGGAGAGCUCCGGAGGUGUUCGGACAUCCCGGGGUCCGGUCGCCGUCGGGAGAGCUCCAGAGGUGUUCGGACAUCCCGGGGUCCGGUCUCCGUCGGGAGAGCUCCAGAGGUGUUCGGACAUCCCGGGGUCCGGUCUCCGUCGGGAGAGCUCCAGAGGUGCUCGGACAUCCCGGGGUCCGGUCUCCGUCGGGAGAGCUCCAGAGGUGUUCGGACAUCCCGGGGUCCGGUCACCGUUGGGAGAGCUCCAGAGGUGUUCGGACAUCCCGGGGUCCGGUCACUUCCUCGCAGGUCAGCGGAGGAGAUUUCCGGAGGUGUUCGGACAUCCCGGGGUCCGGUCUCCGUUGGGACAGCUCCGGAGGUGUUCGGACAUCCCGGGGUCCGGUCGCCGUCGGGAGAACUCCGGAGGUGCUCGGACAUCCCGGGGUCCGGUCGCUGUCGGGAGAGCUCCAGAGGUGUUCGGACAUCCCGGGGUCCGGUCGCUGUCGGGAGAGCUCCGGAAGUGUUGGGACAUCCCGGGGUCCGGUCGCUGUCGGGAGAGCUCCGGAGGUGUUCGGACAUCCCGGGGUCCGGUCACUGUCGGGAGAGCUCCGGAGGUGUUCGGACAUCCCGGGGUCCGGUCGCUGUCGGGAGAGCUCCGGAGGUGCUCGGACAUCCCGGGGUCCGGUCGCCGUCGGGAGCCGAACACUGUGA